AUGUCUCUCCUUCUCUUCUCCAAUCCGCUAACCUCUCUCUCUUCAAUUCCAUCUUUUUCCUCAUUUUCAUCUCCAACUUUGGCCUUCACUGCAAUCCCAGUUACUGUGAGGAUUGUUCAUUUUUGCUGGCUGCACGUUAAACCCUUCGAAUUAAAGUUUAAGUCUUGGAAUGGAGUUCAGUUUCAGAACCCAUUUCUUGGAAACAGAAUUGGUGAAGUUAUUGUAAGAGCUUCUUCGGAUAUUGAUGGAACAGCUCCUACAGAAAACAGUGACCCUCCUGUAGAAAGUACAGAGGAGGUCGCAUCGUUUGAUAAGUUGCCAUUGGAGUCAAAGUUAAAGGAGAGAGAAGAACAGAAGUUGAAGAUGAAAUUGGCGAGAAAGAUCAGGCUUCGAAGGAAGAGACUUGUUAGGAAGAGGAGAAUGAGAAAGAAGGGUCGUUGGCCGCCUUCUAAGAUGAAGAAGUUGAAGAAUGUCUGA